UCAAAUCUAUAAAGUCCCCCAAUCCUUUGGCUAGAUCACUAGAAAAAGAAGAUUCUUACCAAACGGAAGAAAAGAGACUUUGAAGAUUCUGGAAAUUAAGACAAUUUAAUAACCAAUACCCCUAUCAAAAGCCUAGGUUGAGGAAGCAUUGGUGACUAGAAAAACUAUUUUUUAAUGGAGCAGGAAUCUUUAAGCAGGAGAGCCAGAUUUCCUACAUAUGAAAGGAGGUUCUUGGCCGUAGGCAUUGGACUUCUGGCUAUCAUCUCUCCUCUAUACAUUGACAGUAGAAAAAACACUACUGAACCCCACCUUGAAGAACAAACCAUCAACUUCCUUCCCUAUCUUCCACUUCUUUUCUUGAUCACUGUUAUCAUGAGCAUAAGUAUUUCUCACCAAUUGGCUCGGUUCUCAUCGUAUGAUCACAGGCUUCUGGCCAUAGGUCUUACACUUGUUGCCAUAGUCUCACCUUUGUACGUCGACAGGAGAAAGGUAGUCGAUCCAGAGCUUGAAGAGCAAUCACUUAGCAUCUCUUCUUACUUGCCAUUGCUAAUGUUGUUUCUCAUCAUUGCCAUAGCUAUGUCAUGCUACUUGGACGGGAGCUUUACCAGGUUCGAUCCUUACUGGAUUCAUAGGGUUGGUGGUUCUUCCACUGGGAUUCUCAUUCUUCUACUUGUUCUUGCAUUUGUUUUGAAGUUUAAAGCUCUGUAGCAUGAAUAACAGAGGGUCUAAAGAUAUGUACCUUAUAUCCUUAUGUUCAAGUGUUGUUCAUGUGUGGUUUGAAAAGGGAGGAAAAAGAAAAGGAGAGUUUGGAUUCAAGCAUUAGAACAUUGAAGUGAAUACCAACUCAAAGACUUGAUUUCA